AUGGAGCGCUGCCCCAGCCUGGGGGUCACCCUCUACGCCCUGGUGGUGGUCCUGGGGCUGCGGGUGGCACCGGCCGGCGGCCAGCACUAUCUCCACAUCCGCCCGGCUCCCAGCGACAACCUGCCCCUGGUGGACCUCAUCGAACACCCGGACCCUAUCUUUGACCCCAAGGAGAAGGAUCUGAACGAGACGCUGCUGCGCUCGCUGCUCGGGGGCCACUACGACCCGGGUUUCAUGGCCACCUCGCCCCCUGAGGACCGGCCGGGCGGGGGCGGGGUGGCGGCCGGGGGCGCCGAGGACCUUGCCGAGCUGGACCAGCUGCUGCGGCAGCGGCCGUCGGGGGCCAUGCCGAGCGAGAUCAAAGCGCUGGAGUUCUCCGAGGGCUUGGCCCCGGGCAAGAAGCAGCGCCUGAGCAAGAAGCUGAGGAGGAAGUUACAGAUGUGGCUGUGGUCGCAGACCUUCUGCCCGGUGCUGUACGCGUGGAACGACCUGGGCAGCCGCUUCUGGCCGCGCUACGUGAAGGUGGGCAGCUGCUUCAGCAAGCGCUCCUGCUCGGUGCCCGAGGGCAUGGUGUGCAAGCCGUCCAAGUCCGUGCACCUCACGGUGCUGCGGUGGCGCUGUCAGCGGCGCGGGGGCCAGCGCUGCGGCUGGAUUCCCAUCCAGUACCCCAUCAUUUCCGAGUGCAAGUGUUCCUGCUAG